AUGCACGGCCACCUUCACAAACCCAAGCCUGGUGAAGAACUCCAUGUUACCUUUAUCACCAAAGACGGAGGACAGCAGACCUUCGAGGUUGCAGAAGGCGACAACCUUUUGGAUAUUGCACAGGCACAUGGACUCGAUAUGGAAGGUGCCUGCGGUGGCUCGUGUGCCUGUUCGACGUGCCAUGUAAUUGUGGAUCCUGACUUUUACGAUGAGAUUCCAGAGCCUGAUGACGACGAAAACGACAUGUUGGAUUUGGCCUUUGGCUUGACCGAGACGUCUCGUUUGGGCUGCCAGGUGAAGAUGUCCAAGGAGUUGGACGGGAUCCGGGUCGCCUUGCCUGCAAUGACGAGAAACCUCCAGCUGAAGGACUUUAACUAG